AUGAUGACAUCCAAAGAAGUGGCCAAAUGUGAUGCAGUGGAGAACAGGAGGCGAAGUCCGCUGGACCACUUGCCGCCUCCUGCCAACUCCAACAAGCCGCUGACCCCCUUCAGCAUCGAGGACAUCCUGAACAAGCCCUCUGUGAAACGAAGUUACACCAUUUGCGGCACAGCUCAUCUCAUUUCGUCCUCUGAGAAGCACCGUCCGUCCAGCAUCCCUCUGUCCAGCCGGGCUCUGCUAAACCAGACCUCCCCCCUCUGCGCGCUGGAGGAGCUGGCCAGCAAGACCUUCAAAGGGCUGGAAGUCAGCGUUUUACAGGCUGCAGAAGGCCGGGACGGGAUGACUCUGUUCGGCACGAGAAGCACCCCGAAGAAGCGCCGGAAGUCUCGGACGGCGUUCACCAAUCACCAAAUCUAUGAGCUGGAGAAGCGCUUCCUGUACCAGAAGUACCUGAGCCCGGCCGACCGGGACCAGAUCGCGCAGCAGCUGGGCCUGACGAACGCGCAAGUCAUCACGUGGUUUCAGAACCGCAGGGCCAAGCUAAAACGGGACCUGGAAGAGAUGAAGGCCGACGUGGAGUCGGCUAAGGCCACCGGCAAUGUCCCUUUGGAAAAGCUCGCCAAGCUGGCGGACCUUGAGAAAUGCGCCAACGGCACGCUGGGCCACCCGCGACCAAAUUCCCCCAAGCGGGUCGGCCAGCAGGAGCUCGAGCUCGCUCAGAAACUGCGGAACUCGCCGCUGUCUCCGUUUUCAGACCACACAACUAGUAAAGAGUGCUCAGAGGACGAGGACGUGGAGAUUGAUGUGGAUGACUGA